UAUUGUUUUGGUUCAUAUUGAACUGUUGAUAUCAAUUCUACUGUACAUUCGCCCAACUAGUUUUUAUACAAAAGUUAAAACAAAAUAACCGAUCCGCUACACGGUCUAUUGGAAUGAGAGUUAGAGAAUUAGUCCGUGGAAUAAUUUCCAUGUUCCACUGGUUGGGGUAUUUAAAUUCCAACAAUUUGAUUUCUCAGUCUCCAACUUCUAUGUGAAGCGUUAGUAGGUCGAUAUAAGUAGAAGUUGAAAGACCGAGCGUGCGUCAGAUAAACGUAAACAUUAUAAUGAUUAUUGUUGUUAUGCUUCUAUAAAAGUAAAUUAUAUGAUUGUCAUAUUUUAAGUGGAUAAAUUCUUUAUACCCGUUGUUCAGAAUUCGUGUGGUGAUUGUGUCAAGGGUUGAGGCCGACAGUCAAAAGAAAUGAAAGGAGAACAAGAGGAAUCCCAUUCACCAACCAGUUCGCCAAGUACUAAAAAAGGAAGUAUCAGUGACGGGCUGCUGAUAGUUCCAAACAAUGUGAGAUGCUUAUCAAAAACGGUUACAGAGCAUAGAAGAAUGGGUUCCACAGGUACCACAGGCGAUGAAUCUUACACAACAGACGACGAAGAUGACGUCGACGAACCUGAUAUCACAAUCAAAGAUCACGUGACCCGUAAAUUGUUCAAUAAUCAUGACCCCGGGACAUUUGGUUGUUUUUCUGAUAUAUCCACAAUAACCGAUAAAGUCAGACACUUAAGUGUGAUGCAUAGAAAUAGUUCGGACAGUUCGGUAUAUAGUGACAAAUACGCCGAAGAAUUAUGUUUGGAUGACAAGAAUCACGAUAGUGCCGCUAGUAGUAAUUGUAGUUGUGCGAAUGCCUCAGACGAAUCAAAAGAACAAUCUUUUGAAAGAUUACGAAGCGAAUUGAAAGAAGCUAAUCAAGUACUGAAGUUACGAGAUCAAGAAUUGAGUCGAUUGAGUAGAAUACGACAAGAUGUCGAAUCGGAAUUGGAGGAUUUGACAGCCAGUUUAUUUCAGGAAGCACAUACGAUGGUUCGAGAAGCCAACGAAAAACAAGCUGCCGCGGAAAAAGCUCUCAAAGAAAGUCAGAUGAAAGUCGACGUUUUGACUGCCGAAGUAGCUGCUCUAAAAACUCUAGUCUUAACAUCAACUCCUAGUUCACCAAAUCCUCAUUUACAUCCUCAAAUAGGUAACGGAAAAGACGAAGCUGGAGUGGUGAUGUUUGCUAAAAAACAUCGACGUUCCCCAUCCCAUUUCAAUCUCAAAUAUGGUAGAGAAAAUUCUCCGCCAGAUUCUCCGGUAAAGGAGGUCGUUCAUAUUUGUUCGGAGAUAGAAAGUAAAGAUGGUUUGGAGGUCGAUCCAGUGAUUCAUAAAGAAUUCCUCGCUUGGCGACAGAAACCAGUUGUUGAUAAAGGCGAUCCAUUCAUUCGACGAAUUUACGACGAAGACAUAAAUUUAUGUUUACAUUUCAACAACGAGGAACUAUCCAGCCGUGUUGGUCGAGCUGUCGAGUCCGGUACGAUCCUCAUCGAGGCUGUCAGCGACAAAACCAAGGCGAUGUUUCCAAAAAAGUGCGCGUUACUGGAAGUUCCAAGGUUAUGUUUUUAUAGAAUGAAUAUAGGAGAAACUGACGACUGGUACAACAUAUCUCAAAUAUGCCGGAAUAGGAUAAUUGCAGUCUGUGAUUUUUUAAAUUAUCUCAAAUAUAUAGAAGGAGGUUUAGUGAAAAGUUCUGCGCACGACAUCUAUUGGGAGAUCGUACGAUUAAGGAAGAAUAUGUGUCUCGCACGACUAGGUCUCGUUUUAUCAUGAAAUCCUCGUUGUCGCUAGUACUCCGAAGACGUGCCAAAUUAUUUUUAUAGUUUGUUGUAGAUCUGAUAAUUUUAUCUAAACCAAAGAUUAUCGUUAGUUGAUAAAAACAAGCAACUAUUUCGUAGAUACUAUUUCAAAUAGAGCUAGUAAACAGUUUUUUAAUGUUAGCUGUUUAAAAUGUACCGUUAAUACUUAGAAGAUGGUAAAUUUCAAUGCAGCAAAAUGGAUAAUAUGACAUAGAGUUUCUCAAACUGUUUUCCUAGUAAACCACUUGUAGUGAUGUCAGUGGACGAUGAAAAUUUACAGGGACUCCUGUCAAAUCUUCCCUUGAUCCCCAGGGGUUCUUCUAGACCAUUUUGGGAUCACUAAUCUAACAUGACAGUAAAAAAGGAGAUUGAUAAAUAAAUUUAUACAUUGGAGUACAGACAAUUUAUUCAUAAUUCCCAUGGUUGGUUUAUAAUUAUUGUCAUUAACAAGAAACCUUUUUUUAGCAAUUUUUUCCACAAUAAACAAUUGUCUGGGAAUUUUUUCUUAUAUUCAGAACGAUUUUUAUCAGUAUGAUGAAGUAGUUGCUAGUUUAUUAAACGAAAAAUAAUUAAUAUCAUUUUAAUUUAGGCUUUCGAAAAAAAUGUGGAUUGUUGUAGAAUAAAUUAUAUUUUAAAA